AUUAAGCAUCCAGGCAUGCAGACUGCUUCUACAAACAUUUGUGAAAGAAUGGGUCGCUCUCAGGAGAUCAGUGAAUUCAUGAGUGGUACCGUGAUAGGUUGUCACCUGUGCAAUAAGUCCAUCCAUGAAAUUUCCUUGUUACUAAAUAUUCCACGGUCAACUGUUAGUGGUAUUAUAACAAAGUGGAAGCAACUGGGAACAACAGCAACUCAACCACAAAGUGGUAGGCUACAUAAAAUGACAGAGUGGGGUCAGCACAAGCUGUAGCGCACAGUGCGGAGAAGUCACCAACUGUCUGCAAAGUCAAUAGCUAAAGACCUCCAAACUUUGUGUGGCCUUCAGAUUAGCACAACAGUGCGUAGAGAACUUCAUGAAAUGGGUUUCCAUGGCCGAGUCUCUGCAUCCAAGCCUUACAUCACCAAGUGCAAUGCAAAGCGUUGGAUGCAGUGGCGUAAAGCACCAUUGGACUCUAGAGCAAUACUUUCCUGACUGCAUUGUGCCAAGUGUAAAAUUU